AUGGCCGGGCGUCGCCGUCGUGCGUCCACGUCGAGCGUCGACACCGAAGAUGAAAGCAAGGUGUCAUGGUGCCAGGAAAAGUCGGUUAUGAGAUUCAACCAUUCCAUUGUCGACCCCGAGGCCUGCUUUGAACUCAAGGAUGCUAUCGUUCUAAACAAAGAUGGACAAACCAUGGAAAAUGCCCUUGACGUAGCUGACCGUGGUCCCUUCAUUAUCCGCGGGACCUGCCUUGUGGAGGAUCCAGCGCAGAGGGCGCACCUCAUCAUGAAAGUCCGCAAAUCGAUCGAGCUAGAAGUCAGGAAAUGCGUUCUGUACUCUAUCGGAGAAGACAAGAACGGUUCGCCGAUCAUCUGGGUUGCGGGCACAUGUGCUUGGUUUGAGCUCAACCCAUCAAAAGCAUACGCGCCCAUUUACAGACAGAUGCGAGAGGCUGUGGUACUCUAUUAUCGCAUACUGGCUAUCUACAGCGAUAGAAAGCCAAAGAAAACAAAAAAGGGGAGAAAGGAUAUUGAGAGAGACCUCCAUCAUGUUUUCCACGAGUAUGCCACUAGGAUCGGAGACGGCUCGACACUUGAAGACGUUAUUUCACGAUGUGAUAAACAUGCAUCAUUUUUGAUCGCACAGUGCACUGGAGAUGAGAGCGAACUUGACUGGCGAACUACCCCUUUCUACCAGUGGUUGAUCAAAAGACAUCCCGAUAUUUACAACAAGGAAAUUGAGCGCCAGUACAAACCACUUCAGCCUCUUCCAUCUCCUUCCAUAGAGGUCAGCGAGCCAUUGGUACCCCAGACACUUCCCUCACGAACACGCAAUGGCUCGUCAGCCCCAUCAGUCGCCCUUAGCAAUGCUACCCCGGAGGUCAUCGAACUUGAUGACAGCCCGCCACCACAACCAGCGUCGCGGUCACGCUCUUCUAGUCGCAGGGCGAACCCUGAAAUUGUUGAAUUGGGGAGCUCUACUCAAACCUCGAGGGACAUCUCGGCGGCCCCAAGACCAGCUAGUGUUCACUCAUCAAUGAGCACACCAUCAUUCACCCCUCACCCAAGUGAAAUCUCUUCCUCGGCAACCAGCGCAAAUGAGACUCCCUUCCAGAGUGUCUUAAAUGCUAUUGAGUGGGCAUAUGCGGAGACUGAAAAUUCUAAGGCUGGCCUCACUCAUUCAGCCACUAUGAAUAAGCUCUGGACGAAAUACAGAUUUCCCAACUACAAAAGCGACCAGAAAGCAUCCUAUAGGGUCCCAAUUGAAGAAGUACUUCACUACAACGCAGGCGCACUGCUCCAGGUGCUUGAUACGGAUAAGUACAAGCACCAUGGUUUCUACACCUGGCUCGAAGAAACUUCCAAGAAGCCAUUCAACCCUGUAGCCAUCAGGCCAUCCGAUUUUCCGUACCGCUUAAUACGACGCAAACAAUCUAGCAAUGCGCUUUCUAGCAAAUUGGCCCAGCCAUCGCCCCUCGCGCAAAUCGGAACACCUACGGGACCGUUCAAUGAAGAGUUCUCAAGUCCCGCUCGUUCAUCGCCAGCUGGCAAAAGUAUCAGAAGGCCAGGCCGCCCAUCUGGUGUAAAGUCCAGCCUUCGUUUAACAGCCACUUCCAGAAAGCGAGCUCACUCUGAUGUGGACAUCGACUCACAGGAUGAAGGAGCAGAACCGAAAAGAUCACAUUAUUUUUCUGAUGAAAACGAUGCGAUUGAAAACGAGGGCCAGCUAGGUUCAUCUGAGGAUGAACCGACUCCUGGUUCGUCCGAGGAACUUGUGAAAAUUUUCCUCAGAGCAGACAACAUACCAACAACUAUUCCACGCGGCCCUAAUGAGACAUGGGUUUGCGAAGAAGACAAUUGUGGAUACGUAGUCCGCGGUGGUGAUCUUCGAGACUGUCGUGAACGCAUCAGGCAACACUUCAACGAGCACGAGCGACAGAUGAACCGUGUGAGUCUCGCAAUGACGGAGGGUUCACGUGGACAUCUUCCGGUGAAUCACCUCAUGGAUAAGCUCAAAAAACUAGGCGAGGCGUCCCAAGCUGCCGAGCAGCUCAUAAUUGGCAGAACUGUAUUGCCUCGGCGCAUCAAACGAAAUCUCCUUAUAUGA